AUGACAUCUCAUAAACCAUCUUAUGCAACAAGGUAGAGAGAUGUACAAAAGUAUCAAACUACAUUGUGUUGAAAUUAUUACUAGGCUGAAUACAAAAUACUGUACCUGGGUCCAACCUCCAUUGUUAGCCAGUUGUAUUACCUUAGGCAAGUCAAAAUAGCUCUCAUCUUUCAUUUGCUCAUGUGUGCAAAUGUAAUGGGACAAUGAAGGCAUAUGCCAACUGUAAAGUUUUCUUUAAUGUUAAGUGUUUUUGUCAUAGUAGAGAAAGUAUAGAACAUUUAUUUGCUGACUUUCUAUUAUACAUUGAAGCAGAAAUUUGCCAUGGGUGACAAGGGAGGAGACAACCAUUCAGAAGUGACUGACUUCAUUCUUGUAGGCAUCAGAGUUCGUCCAGAGCUCCACAGUCUCCUUUUCCUACUAUUCCUGAUUAUUUAUGGGAUGGUUCUUCUGGGAAACCUUAGCAUGAUUGGCAUCAUUGUGACUGAUCCCCGGCUGAAUGCACCAAUGUAUUUCUUCCUAGGCAAUCUUUCCAUCAUUGAUCUCUCCUACUCUACUGUUAUUGUACCCAAAGCCAUGGUCAACAUCCUAUCUCAGAAAAAGACCAUAUCCUUUGCAGGUUGUGUGGCACAGCUGUUCCUUUACGCACUUUUCAUGGUAACAGAGGCCUUUGUUCUGGCAGCCAUGGCCUACGACCGCUUCAUUGCCAUCUGCAACCCACUCCUCUACUCUGUUCGCAUGUCAAGAAGUGUCUGUAUCCAAUUGGUGGCUGGUUCCUAUCUCUGUGGCUGGAUCAGUUCCAUCAUUCAAAUCAGUGUCACGUUCUCUAUGUCUUUCUGUGCCUCCCGAGUCAUUGAUCACUUCUACUGUGAUUCUAACCCGAUUGAAAAGAUCUCCUGUUCCAAUGUCUUUAUGAAUAAGAUGGUGUCACUUAGUUUGGCUGUCCUCAUUAUUUUGCCCACAAUAGUUGUUAUUGUGGUAUCUUAUAUGUACAUCGUGUCCACAGUUUUACAGGUUCACUCCAGUGAAGGGAGGAAGAAAGCCUUCUCCACUUGCAGCUCCCACUUGGGGGUUGUAAGUUUGCUCUAUGGAACUGUCUCUUUUGUGUAUCUCACGCCUCCAAACAACCCUGAGCUUCGUAAAGUGGCUUCAGUAUGUUACAUUUUGUUCACACCUAUGUUGAAUCCUUUAAUCUACUCUUUAAGAAAUAAGGAUGUUAAAGAUGCCGUGAAAAAAGUCUUAUGGAAGAAAAAAUUUUUACUCUAAAUAUGCUUUCAUUUGUUUUUCUGUUUCUUGUAUCAAUUAUUUUUUACUGCCUGGUUUUCUAGAUGUAGACAUUUAAAGUUCAAGUUAAUUAUUUGCUGAGAUGAAGUCUUGCCCUGUCACCCAGGCUGGAGUGCAGUGGCGCCAUCUUGGCUCACUGCAACCUUUGCCUCCCGAGUUCAAGAGGGUCUCCUGUCUCAGCCUCUCAAGUACUGGGAUUACAGGCGUGUGCCACCAUGCCUGGCUAAUUUUUGUAAUUUUAGUAGAGAUGGGGCUUCGUCAUGUUGGCCAGGCUGGUCUCAAACACCUGACCUCAGAUGAUCCACCCGCCUUGGCCUCCCAAAGUGCUGGAAUUAUAAGCGUGAGCCACUGCACUCAGCCAAGUUUAUUUAUUUAUUUAUUUAUUUAUUUUCACAAAAGCACUUUCUAUUUGAGGCAAAGAGAAGUCUUCCUGAAAGGAUUACAGUUCCAAGCAGUCAAAACUCAGCUGUUAGUGGCACCAUUUUGACUUGGCAGAUUUUGCUUCUCUUUGGUCAGAAAGGGUAUUCAGGUUGUACUUUCUCCAGUGGGGCAAAGAGAAAGGCAAAGCAAACUGGAAGAGACUUCUACUCUACGGGCAGGCCUCGUCAGAUCCAACAUCAAGCCAGGCAUGCUCUCGCUGGCCACUCGCUGUCCCACUGCUGAAUGACACAGGCUAUACUACAUUUGCAAGGAAAAAAAUGAGGCAGGAAACACAGGUAAAGGUCACUUAGGGAUGAGCAGGCAUCCACAGCUUCAAAA